AUGGGUCCGGAUCGCGCCGAGUCGGUUUUCCUCCACGAGACUUCACACAACCUCGACUACCGUGUCGUAGGCGCCGGCUUGUGGUAUUCCCAGACAGCCGACUGGAAGAACAAGGUCGCACAAGGGUCGUGCGUUGCGGACAACUACGCUAAAACCACCUACACUGAGGCCUUUGCUCAGGUUGGCGUGAUGGCUUUCUACAACGCCAACGUGGGAUCAAUUUGGAACUGGAAUUUCUUCGCGGACCUGCAACAGAUUCUGGGCUCACAGCCCGGCAAUUUGUAUGGGGCCUGCGGCUAG